AUGGGUUGCUGUGCCAGCAAUGUGAAAUUGGAAAAGUCGGGCAAACGUGCCAUCGAUUUGAAUGCCUCAUUGAAUAGCGUCUACUUGGCCGCCACACCAUCUCCACGUAGUGGUUCGAAACGGAGCUACAGCAGCCGGCGAAGCAGCGGCAACAGCACCUGCACCAGCGGAUUGGGUAGCGCCUGCACAACGCCCAGUCGUCGCAGCAUUUGGAGUCGGAGCAGCACGCCACGUCCAAAGCCCAAUCUGAUGGCCAAUCAACAACGCUCCAUAUGCGACGAUUUUGCCGAGCAGGCCAUGCUGGAGGGGGAGCUGGAACGCUCCUGUGGCUACUUCACAUGCAGCAGCGCCGCCUCCACGCCCAGCAAAUCAUCGACAGCAUCCAGUAGCACGUCGGCAUGUCUGCGACGCACGCAGGACAUGGAAGCGGAUAUGGACACGGACGGCGGCAGUAUGGCCAGCGAGAGCUGCGACAUGCCUGCUGUCAGCAAUCUGGAGUGGGAGAUGUACAUGAUGACGCAUGCCCAGUGCAUCAUGCCCAAGACAUCGUCCCCCAUCUCUUUGCGGCGGGAUGCCACCUUCGAGAUCGAUGCCCCAACUCUGCCCUCCAAGUCCUACCACAAGUGGCGCAACUAUUUGCAGAGCACUCCAGCUCACAUGCUGCACAAUGUGACGCACAUUCCGGAGGCCAUAGCGGGCCACUUCUGUCCGACGGAUUUUCCCGCCUUCAGCGAUCUUGACGAAAUGGAGAGCGCGGCCAAGCGCUACAAAGUCGACCCUACCGAAGAUCUGUGUACAACAUCCCAAUUGCUGGCCGGCUACACACACACCAUGACCACCGACCUGUAG